CACCAGGUUAGGCGGACAUGCCAAUAGGUGACUGUCCCUUUAAGAGGGAGCUCAAAGGCGGAAGAGAAUAGCUCCUUCGUAAGCAUGCUUCAGCUUAACGACACAGUGGAGCCCGAGAGUCCGGGAGCCGCGGUUCUCCUACCGGCCGAGGCUGAGGAAGGAGUGGAGGUUGCAUUCACGCCGCUGGAGGCCGGGCGUAGCCUGGGACACGGAGCCUCUGCAGCUUGCUGCGGGCCGCUGCAAACGCUGACGCCUUUCCACGUACAAAACCCCACAAUGCAAGCCAAAGUCAAGGACUACUUUGUGUUCCGGCCAGGUACCAUUGAGCAGGCAGUAAGCGACAUCAGGACUGUGGCUCUUCCCUCUGAGGAUGGAGAGGUGCUAAGCGUCUGGCUUCUGGCGCAGAUUGACCACUGGAAUAACGAAAAGGAAAGACUUGUCCUAAUCACAGACAGGUCCUUGCUGGUGUGCAAAUACGACUUCAUCAACUUGCUGUGUCAGCAGGUCGUCAGAAUCUCGCUCAACGCCGUUGACACCAUCUCAGUCGGCGAGUUUGAGUUCCCACCCAAAUCCCUGAACAAGAGAGAAGGUGUCGGGAUUCGCGUCCAGUGGGACAAACGUCCCCGGGCCUCUUUCUUGAACCGCUGGAACCCGUGGUCCACAGAUAUGCCCUACGCUACCUUUACUGAGCAUCCUAUGGCCCACGCAGAUGAGAAGGUUGCGUCCCUCUGCCAGCUGGACAACUUUAGGACCCAGUUGGUGCAGGCGGUGAAGAGAGCCCAUAAAGAGCACCCCAUCCCUGGUCGUGCCAAUGGAGUCCUGAUCCUGGAGAGACCACUUCUCAUCGAGACCUACUUGGGGAUAAUGUCCUUUAUCAAUAAUGAGGCUAAAUUGGGCUAUUCCAUGACUCGUGGCAAGAUUGGUUUUUAGAGACGGUUUUCCCAAUGGGAGAGGAGCCUUGUUUGUCUGUGUGCAGCUCAAAGAUCGUGAAAGUGACACGAAACAAGUUGUUUGCAUCAGACGAGUGGUCAGCCGGCUGAAGACUUGCAUGGACUGUCUACUCAUUUGUUUUUAGCACCCGUCUCUUUCCUUCAAGACUUGCAUGGACCCUUUGACUGUAUGGGUAUGUGACAAAUGUUUGAGGAAAAAUAAGCAUUUGCUUCUGCCUUAUUUCUUAAAUUCUGUAUUACAAUCUUUAACUACUUAUUUUAGCGUUAACUGUUAAAAGCCAAAAUCAUUGCCAAAGAUUUGCAGUGGUUUUAAGUGCAGUGCCAAGUGUUAGAUGAAACAAUGCGAUCACGAGGGCACCGUGCAGAUUCUUGGAAUGGGAAAUAUAUAUGUGUCAAGUCACAUGUUUAAGUGGAAUAAGAAUUGCUAGGGAAGUGAUGAUGACCACUUUCAUUCUAACAACUCGGGCUUGUUUAAUGUGGGAUAUAAAAUUCCUCACACUGGAAACAAUAAAUUGUCCUAUGUGACCU